AUGCAAAAUUCAACAACAACAACAUCUCCUACUCAAUACAACAAUAAUAAUGUUCAAUCAAUACCAAGACCACUGGCAAGAGCUAAUGCUACUUAUCGGAAUAUUCCAGCUACAAAUCGUUGGUCAAUGCCAGUUGUACCAACUUAUCAUCGACAACCAAGCACCUACAACAAUAACAAUCAUCGUAGAUCAAUGGCUAUAAUCAACGACAAUAAUCAUAGUAGCAGCAGUAAAUCUUUAGUAAUACGUAGAAGACAUCGUAAAUCUGCCAAAAACAGCCCAUUUUUAAAUCAUACAGUUGACAAUUUUUAUAAUGUUUUACGUAAAACCGAAGUUGACAAAACCGUCGAAUCUGCUAAAAGUUGGGCAAAUGAAUACGAACAAUAUCGACGCUCGGUGAUACAUUCUGAUUAUACAACAAAUACUGAUGAUUGGAACAACAACAACGUAAUGAUUUGCAAUUAA